GCCGCCUGGGCGCGUGGCCGGCUCCGAGGCGCCCGGUCUCUGCCCCGCCCCACCCUCUUUCUCCCCCUUCGCGGAAACGACAGCUGCGGCGGCGGGGCUGGCGCCGCCUCCCUCCACCUACCACGUCUGCCCCCGCCGCUCUCGCCCGGCGCCCCAGCCCGGCCGCGGCGCCUCCGCCUCCCCUGUAGGUCAGCGGGCAGCUCCGCCCGGCUGCCGCCCAGGAUGAACAUCAUGGACUUCAACGUGAAGAAGCUGGCGGCCGACGCAGGCACCUUUCUCAGUCGUGCAGUGCAGUUCACAGAAGAAAAGCUUGGCCAGGCAGAGAAGACAGAAUUGGAUGCUCACUUAGAGAACCUCCUUAGCAAAGCUGAAUGUACCAAAAUAUGGACAGAAAAAAUAAUGAAACAAACUGAAGUGUUAUUGCAGCCAAAUCCAAAUGCCAGGAUAGAAGAAUUUGUUUAUGAGAAACUGGAUAGAAAAGCUCCAAGUCGUAUAAACAACCCGGAACUUUUGGGACAAUAUAUGAUUGAUGCAGGGACUGAGUUUGGCCCAGGAACAGCUUAUGGUAAUGCCCUUAUUAAAUGUGGAGAAACACAAAAACGAAUUGGAACUGCAGACAGAGAGCUGAUACAAACAUCAGCCUUAAAUUUCCUCACUCCUUUAAGAAACUUUAUAGAAGGAGAUUACAAAACAAUUGCUAAAGAAAGAAAACUAUUACAAAAUAAGAGACUGGAUUUGGAUGCUGCAAAAACCAGACUAAAAAAGGCAAAAGCUGCAGAAACAAGAGCUUCACAACUAAACUCAGCUCGCCUUGAAGGAGAUAACAUUAUGGUAAAUUUCUCUUACAUGCUCAACUUCCUGCAUGUAAAAUGGCUGAAGUCUGAACAGGAAUUAAGAAUAACUCAAAGUGAAUUUGAUCGUCAAGCAGAGAUUACCAGGCUUCUGCUCGAGGGGAUCAGCAGCACACAUGCCCACCACCUCCGCUGUCUGAACGACUUUGUGGAAGCCCAGAUGACCUACUACGCACAGUGUUACCAGUACAUGCUAGACCUGCAGAAACAGCUGGGAAGUUUUCCAUCUAAUUAUCAUUGUAACAACAACCAGACUUCUGUGGCCCCUGCACCGUCUGCUUCAUCAAAUGUGAUUGGUUCUUCUGCCUUAACUUCAGCAAGUGGCCUAGUCACCUCUCCUUCCAACCUCAUUGACCUUAAGGAGUGCAGUGGCAGCAGGAAGGCCAGGGUUCUGUAUGAUUAUGAUGCUGCAAACAGUAGUGAAUUAUCUCUUCUGGCAGAUGAGGUGAUCACUGUUUUCAGUGUCGUUGGAAUGGAUUCAGACUGGCUAAUGGGGGAAAGGGGAAACCAGAAGGGCAGGGUGCCAAUUACCUACUUAGAAUUGCUCAAUUAAAUAGGUGGACUAUGAAAAGACACACCGUAUUUAUGUACAAUUAACUCUUAAUAAAGCAGGUUUAAGUAUCUUCCAUGUCUUAAGAGACUGAAAAGAAAAUACCAGCCAUCAGAAACUGGCCUUUCUGCCAAUAAAAUUGCAUGGUAAACAUGUCAUUACAGACUUUAUGUUAGAGCUUUCAUGCCAAGAAUGUUUUCUUACAAAGUUCUCUUUCUACUGAGGUUUCACUAAUAAGCAGCUUCUUCUUUUGAGCCCCAACUUAAAACAGGAGAACUGUUUUCUACUGGAUUUUUCAUUAAUGGCAAGCUUUUUCUUUUAUGUAAAAUAAAUUUAUUGUGAAUUGAU